UGGUAUCUCGACAUCAUGGUUCUUCUGCAGGCAGAGAAAGCUUCCUGGAACUCUAUUGGAAUAUUUAAAAUGUCCAACAUCACAGGGAAAAGACGUGACCUAGUGCCUUCCGAACCUGCAGCCGGUAACUCUGAUAUGGAGAGUGACAAUAGUGAUAGUGAUGAGGAGGAUGAGGAUGAGGAGCUUGGUGGAUCUGGGAGUCCAAGUUUGCAGUUGCGCAAGGUAGCUCAUGAAGGAUGUGUAAACCGUAUACGUGCUAUGGCACAAAAUCCCCAUAUAUGCGCAUCUUGGGCAGAUAAUGGUUAUGUUCAGGUAUGGGACUUCAGCUCUCAUCUGAAUGCUUUAGCAGAAUCAGAAACACAAGGUGCUCAGGGGGCUUUGUCAGUUUUCAAUCAGGCCCCAUUAGUUAAGUUUAAGCACAAAGAUGAAGGCUAUGCUAUAGACUGGAACCCUAUUGUUCCGGGAAGGCUUGUAUCUGGGGACUGCAAGAAUUGUAUUUAUCUGUGGGAGCCUACAUCUGAUGAGGCAUGGAAUGUUGAUACCAAUCCAUUUAUUGGUCAUACUGCGAGUGUCGAAGAUCUACAGUGGAGCCCUACAGAACCUCAUGUGUUUGCCUCUUGUUCUGUGGAUGGGACUAUUGCAAUAUGGGAUGCACGUUUAGGGAAGUCAGCAGCAGCAUCUUUCAAGGCUCAUAAUGCAGAUGUGAAUGUUAUAUCUUGGAACAGGCUGGCUAGCUGUAUGUUGGCAUCUGGAAGUGAUGACGGGACAUUUUCCAUUCGUGAUCUCAGAUUGCUCAAGGAAGGAGAUUCUGUAGUGGCACAUUUUGAAUACCAUAAACACCCUAUAACAUCCAUUGAGUGGAGUCCACAUGAAGCCUCUACUUUGGCUGUUUCAUCAUCAGACAAUCAGCUAACAAUAUGGGACCUUUCCUUAGAAAAGGAUGACGAAGAGGAGGCAGAGUUCAGAGCUAAAAUAAAAGAGCAAGUAAAUGCCCCUGAAGAUCUACCUCCACAACUUCUGUUUAUUCAUCAGGGUCAGAAAGACUUGAAAGAAAUACAUUGGCAUUCACAGAUUCCAGGAAUGAUCGUAUCUACUGCAGCAGAUGGUUUUAACAUCCUGAUGCCUUCAAACAUACAAACUACCCUCCCCUCGGAUGGUGCUGAAACUCGCAUAUGAUCUGUUGCUAGCUUC